UAAUUAAUAAACUCAUUUACUUUUCAUUGCAGGAAAAAUGUGUCUGGCGCCCGGAACAUGAGACGCAGCUAGCUCAAAACUUCAAGAAGAAAGCUCAGUGCUUACUAUGUGACAUGUUAGGAAGGGGAAGAAGGCUAGAAAUUUGACGAAGGGUGGUUCCCUACACACUAGUGGGGCUAUGAGUCAAGAGCCCGUGAGGAGGAAGUUGGAACUAAAACGGGGGACGCCAGUGCCUCAAGAUGAGGCGUUCAAGAUCACUCACGUGAAGAAGAAGGCAAACGCUAAUGAUCCAGAUCACUGGUGUGAGGAACCAGCUAUACUUAUAAUGAAUCAAUAUCAACAUUCAAAGGCGGAGUUUCUUCGUACUCAGCCACCCAACACACAGCUGACAGAAGAACAAAUGGAGGAAAGGUGGCUUGAGAGUGUUGGUGGUCCCACUAGUUUAAUGUUUUGUGGAUGUUUGCAAAGGUUGUGAAGCAGUUUAAUGUUGUGUAGAUGUUUGCGAAUGUUGAAGUAGCUUAAUGUCUCUUCGGAAUGUUUGAAUGAUGUUUUGAUUCAACUUUGAAGUAGUUUCGAAUUGAAUUUGACGUAUUGUUGGUCGUAAUAUAUGUGUUUGUUGAAGUA